AGUUCCUGUCGGAAGGUGUGAAAGUUGUUUACAUUGCGAUUUACGGUACUGUUCCAGUUGUUACAACUGACGAAAGAUCUGUCUGACUUGCAUUUAUACAUGCAUAACCUACAGAACCAUGGACCUUUGCACAGUAAAACAUUCCUUCUCGGAGCUGAUAAACGUUAUGAACCCCUGGACACAGAGCCACUUUGUUAUGUGGCUGGAUAUAAAAGUUGCUGAGUACAAAGUCUAUGGCAAAAUGGUGCUGGACAACAAAUCAGUCACAACACCAGAAUGGCUGAGAAAUAAGAAUUUGGGAUUUGAUACAGAAAUGGCUAGUGGUCAAACGUCUAAAGACCAGACAUCAGACAGUGUUGAGAUUACAUCUACAGGUCCAAGGGAACAGCAGCGAUAUAGCUCCACUCAACAACAAGGGAAAGACAGCCGGAUAGCACACAACAAAAACACAAGUAGGGUUGAUUCUAGUGCUAACGAGAUAGACAGAAGCAGAAGGGAAACAAAUGUGGUUGAUCUGUCCAAUUAUUCAGACUCUCAGACACAUGUAUCACGGACAUCAUCUUCUGAGGGGUCGUACAACCCCAGGCAAGCUGUUUCGUCCUUGGACAAGACUUCACAAGGACCAUUGUCAUCUGGACAUUCUGCCAGUGGUGUACGAUCGUCCGAUGAAUCUAGAGUUUCUUUAGAUCGUCAGCAUGUGUCACAUUCAGAUUUUACAAGAGGUUCUGAGCACAAUGUCUCUGGGACAAAAACUCAUUCUCUAUCCUAUACCCCUGAUAGAAGCACAUCUGAUUAUAUCCAGAAAUCUCAUACAGACCAUCACAGCGGUGCAGGGCACCAGUCUAACAACACAUCUACUUUUCUCAAUCCAUUCCCUAGUUCAAAUCUGCAUAUGUCUGCUGAUGUUGCCAGUAACUUUACAAAGCUAGUCACCAAUAGGCAUUUCGGGACUGAAACCCAUUCUAAAACACAGUUUGAACAUCCGAAUGUUUCGUCUGAUGUUGAUAUGACACCUAUUAAGAUAGAAAUUUUGGAUGAAGAUUCAGAGGAUUCAAGUCCAAUGGACAGUCACACUUAUAAGAAGUCACUUCCUGAUUUUGGUAGGACUUUUGCCACCAGUUCUCGUCGUACUUCGUCCUCCAGUGUUCCCACCAAUCAGCAGAUCACAUCUCCGAACAUUUUAGGCUCAGACAUUUUGUCUCAGGGUCAAGGUCAUCUGCCCAACUUGAUGACCUUUGGGGACUAUCAAAAUGCCCUCAGUCAACCGGUACCUGUCUCCAUGUAUAUGACAUCAUCACAGUCAGCUGAACCUCAGGUUUCCUUGGCAACCGCAAGCGAUGACAACACGGAGGGAAGCGGUGAGCAUGAGACAGAAUCUACAGAAAACACAGAGCAGUCCUGGAAACACAAGAAAUGGCAGUACAUAGAAUCCCUGCGAGGGAGCUCCGACAACCUCAAUCCCAAAGUUCAGUCUCGGAUCAUGCAACGCACGAAAGUCUUUCCGGACCCAUUUCCAGUGGAGAGGCUAACGUACGGAAACAAGGCUCGUGAUAUGAUCAGCUCUGGGGUCAUCACACGACCGGCCAAGAUGCAGUUCCUGGAUACGGUGUUCAAUGAGAUUGUAAAAUACACGGGAUUGUACCCUACCCCUACACAGAAGAUGGAAGUGGCUAAAGCCAUUGUGAACAGUUUCCCUAAACUCAAUGUACGGUCCAAGGACAGUCACAUAUCUCCUGCAGAUUCAUGGUUUGUUGUUUUGAACGACAAAUUCCGUAAUGAGCGUCGCGGUUUAAACAACCAGUCAUACCAAAGUCAGCAUAUGAGACAGAGGGCGUUGUUAACAGUUCGGAGGGCACAAGCCCACAUGUACAAUAUGGCCUCCAUGUCAAGGUCAUCCGCUGGUGGCUUCUCUGGAGUCAUCAAGUCACAACCAGAUAAGGAGGAAAAUGACGACACAUAAUCCCAGAACCUUUGGAGGCACAGCUACUGUUAAGAUCUGUGAUGUUCUCUGCAUACUGUACUUCAAGAGAGAUUUUCAGAUUUCCAUUGUGGUCAUAUCGGUAGUAAAGUACAUUUUAAUUUUGUUACAAAUAUGUGUAAAUGUAUUACCAUUAGGCAAGAAAAUGGAACAACAGAAAACAAACAUUUCUGAAGUUUGUUGAAGGUGUGUGUGUGUGUGUGUGUGUUACGUCAAAAACUCUACAAUUUCCUUAUGAAAUAAAAUUAAAAGUACAGCAGAUUCCUUUUAUUGGUAAAUUUUCUGUCAACUAUUUUCCCUAUAUACAAGUGUAUUACAAUGUACAUGUAUAUGUAAUCAAGUUUGUUUUAUAUCACGUGGUUUGACAUGAACUCCUUUUAAUUUCAUCAUGUCCACUGCCAUUUUUCCAAAAUAUCACAAAUA